AUGCAUUUCAUUUGAAUACAUCUAAAAUCACCAUCAUCUUGACAACUACAACUAACUUUACCUAUUGUAUGGUUGUAUACUUAUAUACCCAAAGGCAAGCCGAAUAUAUAACAAAUUGGUCAAUAAGAGAGAGUUAAGCAAUCUCAACAUUUGAAAUUUUCCAAGGGAUGACAACUUUAAACUUGGUUAAGCUUUGCCAUGAUAUGUGAUAUGGUGAUAACUUUUAUUGCUUGUUGUAUUAUUUUAGGAAUUUUAUAUAUUUCAAUUUACAUAAUGUAUGAUGUACCAUACAAUAUUGAGUAAACAAUACUAUAACAAUUACAAAUACUAAAAUGCAACACAUAAAUUUUAACAAAGAAAGCUUAAAUUUUUUAACUUUUAACCCAAAAGUCUUAAUUUUGUCAUUUAUCUCCAAAAUUUAUUUAAAUCGAAGUUGACACAAUUGCAACCUACCUAUUAGGACUACCACCAACCUUUUUUCCCAUAAGAUCACAACAAUACAAUCAAUAUAACUACUUUUUACACGGGAGUGCUGAUUUUACCAUGUAAGAAUCGAGAAGGAUGAUAACAUUAACAAAGUUCUUUCUCAAUUAGUUUGCAUGAGCAACUACAACUACAAAUCAAACCAAUUUUUAGUUUGUUCUAAUUGAGAUUGAGAAGAAUUGUUAGUGUUUGAGAUAGCUUGGGCUCAAACAAACUUUUAAAAUCAUUGUAUGAUUUGAGCUUUGUUUGAACUUAACUAGAUUUUGCUCAUUUGCAUUAUUAUAAGUUGGGAAAAGCUUGUCAAUAAACAUGCUCAUUGAGGAUUAUUUUUUUGUAUUUCAUCUACAUCCACUUGCUUUAACUCACGAACAAGGAUUUUCUCAUGAUCAUUUCUUUUAAUAAAAAGUUAUGAACAAAUUCUCGUGAAUUUAUUAUAAAAAUAAGCUAAACCUAUGAUUUAUUUGUAAAAGAUGUAUACUACUAAAGAUACAAAUAGCAAAUCUAAUUUAUGGAAAAACAAAAAUUUGACUCUUGUAGCACAAAAAAUUGAGCCAUUUUUCUGUUUCAUAUAAAUCUAUAAUUUGUAAAGGAUUACAUGUAAUUAGUCAUUGGGUAUUUAAUGAAUUGACAUGAUAUAGACCUUCUAAAUUCAAAUAUACCUAAAAACACUUUUAAAAUAAAUUAUAGGGUAUUUUCAUUUUUACCACCUUCAAAUAAUGACUUUGUCGAAUUUACCACCUCCAAAAAAAAAACAUUUACUUCACCACCUCAUAAAAAAAUUAAACAUCAGUUUUACCACCUCAUCUGAGCUCAGGUGACGGAAAACGCUUGUGGGGCCCAGUUAACUGUCACUUCCCUCCAAUUUAAUUCUUUUAAAAUCGAUUUCCCUCUGUCUCCUCCUUUUCUCACCUUCCACCUUCCAUAAUCAAUGUCUCACCAAAUUUCUCACUUCCUCAUCAAUUUUCGUCUCUCUUUCCUUUGAUUUUUCUUGAUUCUCACUGUAACUGCUUCUCUCUCCUUUGAAUUUUCUCUUUCUCUCUGUAAAAACUGAAACCCUAGAUCAAUUUGGGUGGUUGAAAUCGAGCUGGAACCACAAAAUUGCAAUACAUCAGCUUCUCUUGUCAUCUUCCACAGGGUGAGGGGACCAAAAGCUUGGUAAUUUGCUGACAGAAAUCGAGAUUCCUGACUACAAGAGAAUGGACACAGUGGACUUAAAAAUUACAGUAGGGGGUGCCUUUAUACCUUCUUUAGCUGGUAAAAAUAGGAGGGUGUUAACUUGGGAUGGUGGGUGGGUUUAUUGGAUGAGAAAGGUGGAAAAAAAUAAGAUAGAUGUACACUUUUUGAGGCAAGCAGCUAUACAUGGGUUUGUGUAUGUGAAUGUGAAGGUUCCUAGGGGGUUUAGUUGCUGGUAUAAACAAAAGGGCAAGUCUUGGGUGAAUGGUAAAAGGGAGCUUGUUGAUGGUGAGGUGAAUGGUUUCCUAGAGUCGGUGAACAAAGAGGGGGCAUGUGAGAUGUAUGUUACCAGUCAUGAGCCAAUUGAAGGGACUAACAAAACACCCUUCAAAUGUAUAUCUGGGAAUGAGCUAACCCCUGCACAAAGGAAGGAACUGAAAAAGAGGUUUGGUGGGCCUAAAGUAUACAAACCCAGCCCAGAACUUAGUAAGCCCACUGAAGAAGAACCAUUUAGGAGAAGCCCUAGGUUAAAAGGCAUUGUUAUACAUGACAGAGAGGCUGAGGAGAGGCUUCCUAGGGCAGAGAAAGUGAAUGCUAAUACACAUAAAGGGAAGGGUAAACUCACUGCUGCAGAUAAGGGUAAGGCUAAGGUUGGGGAUGAGACUGGAAAUUUUGCUAAUUUAGUGAGAAAAAUAAAAGAAAGAGUGAGGAGAUUAAGGGAUGACAGUGAUGUGUUUAGUGAUGAGGAUGGUGAUACAGAGUCUUCUGAUUCUGAGUUGAGUGAUUUUGAGUUAGAAGUUGAUGAGGGAGAGGAGGACUUAUACUCUGAUGAUGAUGAACAGUGGUUGAAGAAAAAUGUAGACCAUAUUAACAGUGAGGUGAAAGGCAGUUUGAGGGGAGUUACUGAAGGAGGGGAUCAAAGUGAUGAUGAGGACACAGGGUUUGACAUAGAAAGAAAUCUACAGAACAUUGAAGUGAGGGUUGAAGAGAAGGCAACUUGUGAUUCUGAUGAGCUAAAGAGUGUGGAAGGUGAUUCAGAUGAUGAUCAGAGUAGUGUUACUUGGUUUAACCCUGAGACAGACUUUGAAAGGGCUAUCAAAUUUGUAGUUGGUCAAAGGUUCAGUGAUGUGCAAACAAUGAGAAAAGCUUUGAGACAACAUGCAAUUGAAAAUAGGUAUGAGUAUUACCUUCUUCACAAUGAUUCAAAGAGGCUAACAGCAUAUUGCAAAAGGAAAUGCAAGUGUGUGUAUAACAAGAACAGUUGUAGGAUAGUGAAGUGUACAUGUAGUAAGGGUGUUAGGUGUAGGUUCAAGUUUUAUGCAACAAGGCUUGUGAAAUCAGAGGCUUGGCAAAUUAAGACACUAAGGCUGAAGCAUAGGUGUGUUAGGAGUAAAAUGAACAACAAGGUGACAGCAGAGUUCCUUGUUGGCAGGUACUUGGAGGAGUUCAGGGGCAACCCCAGAUGGAAGAUUAAACAGAUUCAGGACAGGGCCUUGAAUGACUUGGGGAUCAAAAUUACAUACUCCAAGGCUUGGUUGGCUAGAAGCAGGGCAAAGCUUAUAAUAUAUGGGUCUUCAUCAGAGCAAUACUCAAAGGUUUGGGACUAUGGGAAGGCACUGCUGAAAUGGAACCCAGGGAGUGAGUGUAAUGUGGUGGUGGAUGAUAUUAAUCAAAUUGAAAGACCAAUUUUUAUGAGGAUGUUUGUGUGCUUAGCUGCACUUAGUGAUGGAUUCAUUUCUGGUUGCAGACCAGUAAUUGGGGUGGAUGGGUGCCAUCUAAAAGGGGCAUACCCUGGGCAGAUCUUGGUUGCAGUUGGAAAAGAUGGCAAUAAUUCCAUCUUCCCAAUUGCUUGGGCAACUGCAGAGAUUGAGAACAAGGACAACUGGUGCUGGUUUCUGGAGAGCUUGCUCAAGGCACUUUGUGUGUAUGACCAAGGAGAUGGCUUGACUUUUAUGUCUGACAGACAGAAAGGUCUCAUAGAAGCAUUUGCAGAUGUGGCCCCCAAAGCUGAGCUCAGAUUUUGUGUGAGGCAUAUUUGGUCAAAUUUCAAACUGAAAUUUCAUGGUGCAACUUUCAAGGAAUUGUUCUGGGUUGCUGCUAGGGCAAGCACUCUGUUUGAGUUUGAAGUUGCUAUGGAAAGUAUCAAUUUUUUGGAUGAAGAAGCAUACCAGUGGUUGUCAAACAUUGACCCCCAGCACUGGUCAAGGCAUGCUUUCUCUACAAACUGCAAGUCUAACAUGUUGUUAAACAACAUGUGUGAGACAUUUAAUGCAGUGAUUAGAGAUGCCAGAGACAAGCCUAUUCUAACUCAAAUGGAAUGGCUUAGAAGAUAUAUGAUGAAGAGGAGUAAUGACAAAUGGGAGGCAGCAAAGUCUUGGGAAGGUUUACUAACCCCAUUUGUCAACAAAGUCUUUGCUGGGUUGGAGAAGUAUGCCAUGACAUGUGAGGUUACAGCUUCAAGGGAUGAAAUUUAUGAGGUGAAAUACAAGGAUGAUCAGUGCAUUGUGGAUCUGCAAGAGAGAAAAUGCACUUGUUAUAGAUGGGAGUUGACAGGAAUACCUUGUGUCCAUGCAUUUGCUUGCAUAAUGGACAAAAGGGAUGAUCCUGAGUUGUAUGUGCACCCACAUUACUAUAGGGUGACAUACUUGGCUGCAUAUGAGAACCCUAUACAGCCAAUGCCUGGCCCUAAGAAUUGGGAAAAGGUCAAGCUCAGACAGCCUUUGCCACCUAUGCUGAAAGUGCAGCCAGGAAGACCUAAGGCAAAUAAGAGAAAGCUUGAACCAGGGGAGGGCACUUCUGCAGCACCUGAGGGCAAGAAGCCAAAGGUGAUGAAACAAUGCAAGAACUGUGGUGGGUUUGGCCACUUUGCCAAAACAUGCAAGGCUGAAGCAGCACCAGAACAGCCUAACCCACCUGCAACAAAUCCAAAGGGUGGGAGGCCACAGAUGCAGACUCCUUGGCUUAAGGAACAGAGAAAGAAAAGUGAAGAGAAAGCAGCAAGACAUGUAUUUUGUGUAUUUUGUGACUUGAGUGUAUUUAGUGGCUUUGUUUCUGAGUCUUGUCAUACUGUGAUUGCAGGCUGCACUGAAGUUGCCACAAUAUCAGCCUCCAACAACAGCACAGGCUGGGUCAAGUAAUGCUGCACCUGCAAAUGCUGUGUCAAGCCAGCCUGCAACAAGAACAAAGCCUUUGCCAACUCAGCCUGUUACCAGGAGCAACAGGAGCCUGAGUCAGCCCACAAGAGUGCCAACAACUACU